AUGCUCGCAGGCGUUGCACUGGCCAUAGCACUCUGCGCCGUCCUGAUUCCCCCAACGUAUGCAGGUGUUUAUGUUACAUAUCCCGUACAGGACACUGUUUGGCAAGCCGGACAGAAUCAAACUAUUUCUUGGAAGGACGAUGGAGUCCCACCCUCGCUUCAGGAUUUCGGGAACUCAAAGGUCUCCAUCUAUUCAGGGAACGAGCAGCAACAAACGUCAAUGCAGGAGAUCGUCUCCAGUGUCAACGUGUAUACCACCGCAUCUAUAUUGUUCACUCCCAAUCCGGCUGCAGGUCCUAGCGGGUCCUAUUUUAUCCGGUUCGAAUCUUUGAAGCUGAGAGACGCGAAUAACUCUGCAUACCCUGCGGAAGCAUUCUCUUCCCCAUUCACAAUUACGGGCAUGAACGGAAGUCUUUCAACCUUGCAAGCGAUCGCUGGCGCACCGAACUCAUCAACAUCCACUAAUGCAGCAACGAAUCCAUCUAAUGUACCGAUGCCUACACCGAGGGCAAGCGUUCCCAUGAGAGUAUCAGCAACUACAAACCCGUCGCCUUCAGCUGCUGGACUCAAUGGCCAGGCUGUCAACAGCGCGAGUCUUCCGCGAAUAGGACGCUGGGAAGGUGUGGGAGGCAUUACCCUUGUGUUACUGGUGGGCGCGCUGUUGUAA